AUGGAGGAGGACAACCAUGCUGCAAGGUCAGGCAGCGCGCCACGACGCUCCGUUUCCGAAACUCCUGCGGCGGGCAAAAAGCACGAGGCUCCAGAGAGCUCGCCGCCCGAUUCGACACACGCGGACGGCGAGUCUGGCAGCGCGGCUGCGAAAUCGUCAGCGGCUCAUGAGAGCCAGUCUAAGAGGCGGAGAGGCCUGGGUGUCGUGACACCCAAUGCGUGCACAGAAUGCCGCAAGAAGCGUGCCAAGUGUGACGGGAACAAACCCUGCGGUCGAUGCAAGUCCCAAAAAGAUGUAGAGUGUGUCUACGAAGUGCCCGUUCGGCAGUCCAAAGAGAACCUACGCACCGAGAUCGAUAGCCUGCGGCGAGAGAAGCGCCAAAGCGAUAGCAUUUUAUCGGCCCUCCAUCGAUCUGACCUUGCUCAAGAAGUGAUCCAGAGGCUUCGCACUGGACACAAGGUCGAAGAUAUCGCGGACUGGCUGAGCGGCUACUCUUCCGCGGAAGUGCCUGGCCCAGUCCCCCCGAUCAGCCAGUUGAGCAAUUUCGGUCGCACGAACGAGCCAAUGACGGGCAUAACAUUACCUCCUCUGGGAGGCUACCUGGGCAUGAUAUCGAGCCCAAGCAGUUUCGCGGCUCCCAUGGCACCUAGUCCUGUUCCGAGUCAACAACACCCCAACCCCUUUCGGAACAGUCAAGACUUCGGUUCGAAUAGUCCUUGGGACUUCUCGUCGCAUAGUCAGGGUUCAGGGCGUAGCGACUCGUAUGCAGAGCACAUGCAGUGGUCAGCCGAGCCGAGGAUGCCCAGGGUUGGUUCUUGGGUGCAGGCGCAAUCGCCGACUGAUAAUAGCCAGCGGUAUCCAGGCGUCGAACAGGUUCUGGCGACACCCGGAGCCCAAUACUCGAAAGCGACACCUGUCAGAUGGACACUAGUCACUCGCGAUGCCGCCCUUGUUCAGCACCUACUUGCGCUGUACUUUUGCUGGGAAUACCCGACUUUUGCAUCACUCAGCAAGGAGCAUUUCCUCACCGAUUUCUGGGCCAGCCGACCGCGUUUCUGCUCGCAGAUAUUAGUGAACGCCCUGCUGGCACUUGGCUGCCGGUUUUCAUCGCACCCGCAUACUCGAGCCGAUCCAAACGACCCUUAUACGUCGGGCGACCACUUCUUCAAGGAAGCCCUACGAUUGUUCCACCAAGAAAAGAACCACCAUAGCCUGACCACAAUCCAGGCACUUGGCAUCAUGUCUAUCCGGGAAGCUAGUUGUGGCCGAGACUCCGAGUCGUGGUAUUAUGCCGGCCAGAGUAUGAGAUUGGCGUUCGAAAUGGGGCUGCACUAUGUGGAUCAAAAUGGGAACGAGGACGAGGUUGCCGUGCAGUCUGCCACAUUUUGGGGAGCCUUUGCACUUGACCAUGCCUGGUCCCUGGCAACAGGCUCGCUCCCGCAGAGCUCGUGUUACCCGCAUUUGCCACCAAAACCAGCGAUUGUCGAUGACGUGGAAGCGUCACAGUGGAAACCCUACACGGAUGACGGGUCUGAUAAUCUUGGCGCGCCACUUCAACGCUCGUGCGAACAGCCAUCAAAUGUGCGCUCCGUGUAUAAGUGCUUCUGUGAGCUGAGCGAGCUUGUACACCAAUCGCUCUAUGUCCUGCACUCGCCAGGCAAGCCGGUGACGAGUCGGGACCUGCUGAGCAUAUAUACCCAAUAUUUGAACUGGUAUGAGAGCAUUCCAGAAGUUCUCAGGUUGGGCCACAAUUUCACCCCGGCUGUGCUCUUCGCCCACAUGUACUACCACUUUGCGAUCCUUUUACUGUUCCGGCCACUGAUCAAGCUGCGGAUCAUUGGCUCGAGCAUCCUGCCUCGAGACGUCUGUUCCCAAGCAGCAGACGCCAUCCAGGGUCUCCUCCGAUCCUACGCGCAGCUGUAUACACUGAGACGCACACCGUCGUUUGUGCCGUAUUUCUUGCUGACCUCAUCGAUCAUGCACCUUGCCCUCGGCGCAAAGUCACCCGAUGAGCAGCAGGACGGCGACGCCUCGGCGUCGCGGACGCCUGGCACGAAGAGCGAGGAGCGGUCGAGUCGUGGGCAGUCUGUCCGGUCCGACUCGGAGACUGACAGGUCUGACGGCAAGCCGAUGCGCGGCGGACUCGGCCGGGGAGGCCUGAUAGACCGACGGGCUGCGCAGGCGCUAGAGCAGGGAAUCUCUGACCUCGAGGAGAUGGCCCCGUGCCACCACUUUGCGGAGCAGGCGCUGCAUAUGCUACGAUAUCUCGCAAAGAAGUGGAAGGUCGAGAUAGACAUCCCGGAGAAGCCGGACGCCGCGCCGGGUGCCUCGGACAAGCUGAUGCGGCCCAACACGAGCGGGCUCAACUUCUUCUCGCUCAACAUGGGCGAGAGCGACUUUGUGUGCGAGUGGCCGGCGGUGCCGGGGGCCGGUGUCAUCCCGAGCGUGGAGGCUCAGAUGGACGAGCUGCAAAAGUUCAACAAAGGGGGCAUGGGCCCGCCGCUGCAGCCCUCGCCGGGCGGAGGAGGUCCCGGGCUACCGUUGAGAGGCGCCUCGUCCGCCGGGCCGAUGGCACACACCGCGGCAAGCAUAGAGAAUCCGCUGUUCUGGCCGUUCCCGAUGCAAGGGCGGCCGAUGUUGCCAGAGGGCAAGCACCUGGAGGAGGCUGGGUUUGCGCAGUUAUAA